AUGGUUCAUGUUUCAUCCUUUUUCAUUGGAUCAGCUGUAUCUGGGGCUUCAUUUCUAGCGGUGCAUAGACAGUUAUCGUUCCGAAGCCAGCAAACUGAUUGGCCUCUAGUCGAGAGUUGGUUCCGUAAUCGACUACAAAAUGCAGCUACCCAAACAUCAUCAGUUCGUGAAGAGAAAGUCGGGGUGUCAAACCGAUGGAACGAAGCGCUCGAUACUAUCAGGACCAAACUCGGCAAAUAG